AUGUAUUAUGUUGUGCUAGAAGUUGAAACCAUUCAUCGAGCCGAGGCACCAAAAGACCAUGGACGUGUGAAGAAACUAGCGUAUCAAUUCGUCGAUGCUGAGACUUUGAAGGCUCAUUACGAGGAUGGCAAAAUCCCUUGUUUGGAUAUGGACGCAGAGGGGUUACCGUCUUUUCAGGAAUCGAUCUCGUCGUUUGAGAAAGAAUUGCAGAGUGUAGUGGGAAGCGAUGAGUUUGUGCUAUGUUCGCUUAACUCGACCUGGCAUAUUCGUGUCACUAUACCUCGUCAAGCCCGGGACGACGGGUUUAUGUUGCCGUCGUAUCUGCAACACCCGAAGGUAUUUGAUGUGUGGAAGGAGUACGACAGGUGGUGCGCGAACCAUCCUGAGGUGCUCACAAUGAGAAAGAAUUGCAGCGGUGGCACACGCAGAGCGAAAAAUCAGGCAGAGAUACUCAAAGUGCUGGAUAUCUCGAGUGAGGAGAUCGUGCCACAGCCAGUUCUCGGUCAUACGGUACAUAUUCUCAUGCAAUUGCGCAGGAAAUGCACGACGAAAGAAGAUCUGGCGGACGUGCUGACUCGCCCGUAUGAUUCGCACUUGGAUAUACGCAAUUUCCUGCAGGAGAAGUCCAAAGUGCUGUAUUUGAAUAACUUACCGCCGGAUACCACCCAGAGCGAAUUGGAAUCAUGGUUUACGCAGUUCGGUGCCAGGCCCGUUGGAUUUUGGACAGUAAAGAAUAUCGUGGAAGAGACUGCGAAUAUUAAUAAUAACUGGAGUAUGAAUAACAGUCCCUAUGUUGAGGAGCAGGAUAGCAUAUCUGGCUUUGUCGUUUUUCAAACUCAUGAAGAAGCGACAGAAGUGCUGGUGCUAAAUGGGCGCUCAAUCUUGUCUAAUAUGGCUAAUACUAAGCAGCCCAGGGUGGUUGAGCACAUCGUGGAAAUACAGCCUUCAUCCACCCGCGUGCUUGACCGGGCACAGGAGAUUUUGUCACCUUUCCCCCAGAGUAAGAAUAAGCCCAGACCUGGCGAUUGGAACUGCCCAUCUUGUGGGUUUUCCAAUUUUCAAAGACGUACCGCUUGCUUCAGAUGCUCUUUUCCUGCUGUCUCGGCAGUCAAGCAGUAUCUGAAUUACAAUGGUGUCCUGGGCGCUACUCAGAAUAGCAAUGGCAGUUAUACCAAAUCUAACGGAAUUCCGACUCAGAGUUAUUACCAAACUAACUCACCGACUGCGCAAAAUUCGACUGCAAAAACAAAUACAACCUUUGGCGAUCCAAAUAGCUUAAAGCAAAGCAAUUCGGGCUACCGAUUUGGCGGAAACAGUGCCUAUGGAAGUAACACUUCUCUCGCAAAUUACAGCAAUAAUAGGUAUAUCUCUCAGCAAUCCAACAACUCAAAUGGUGGGUCCAAUGUUCCGUUCAGAGCUGGUGAUUGGAAAUGUCCAGCAUGUACAUACCACAAUUUUGCCAAAAACUUGGUAUGCCUUCGCUGUGGGGCUGCGAAGAUGACUACCCUAGAGUCUAACGGUAAUCAAAGCAGCAAUGCAGUGAAGCCGACUGGCGGCAACAAUAAUGGUGGUGAUAAUGGUAACAACGGUAAAGGCGGUUGCAAGAGAUAUGACAACGGAAGCCUUGGCAAUUUGACUCAAUCUGGGUCAACCGCUUCGUUGAUCGAGCACAACACUAACAGUAAAGGUAACGGGUAUUUUACGAGGAGCAUAAAUAAUGUCAGCGGCGGCGAGCUUGGAGUCAAACUGAAUACAAGAAGUGCAUCAGAACCGAAAUGGUAA